ACCUUCCCGCCCAGUCUUGUCUUGUCUCCUCAAAUUCAGCCUAUUCUCUCUCUCCUCUCCCCUUGUCUUUUUGUCUGUGCGACACUCAAAAGGUCUCGUCAUCACCUCAAACAAACACAAACAGAAAGUGCGGGGUGAUUAUACACCUGUACAGUACAUUCCUGGCACGGUAACCCGAGCGCCGUUCCGUCCCUCCAACUCCUAACCAUCCAUCCAAUCUGUCCCCCGGCUUUUUCUAAAAACCCUUUUUUGCAAGGGCAAGCUUGAAAAAUACUGUGCCUUCCCGCUCCUGCUGUGCCCUCCAGAAACUCUUGGGUUGCCACCAAUUGUUACCCUGACGCCGACAAACCAGCUGCUGCCGCUACCUUGUCUUCUGCUUCUGCUUCUGCCUCCCGCCAUCUUGAAACUCCAUCUUCGGUCCAUUUUCCUCCUUUGAGCAUCUUCCCCCGUCUUCUCGUUCGAUUUUUAAGAUCUUCCAAAACCAACGUCUGCCUUUUUGACGUUGACACCAUUUGAGAGAUCGUCAUUCUUCUUCCUCCAACUGCGCCCGUGUCAUCUUUGCCAGACACGCGUUGCGCCUCCAUCAUUCAUACUUUACCCGUACAUUCCAAACUCUCAACAUCCAAGAUGCUGAGUCGCCAAUUCGCACGCGCCGCCGCCGUCACCCCGCGUGCUGGCCUGCGAGCUCUCAGCUCUACUGCCGCUCGUCUGGAUGCCCACACGCCUUCCAUGGGAGACGUCAACCCCUCGCGCGCCGCCGUCGACACGUUCAACCAGAAGCAGAAGGCAUUCCGCGAGCACCUGGUCGAGGCACAGAAGGAGCGAGAAGCCAGUGAGUUGUCUGCCCACCAGCAAUCUGCUAACGUUCCGUUCGCCAAGCCGGACGAGGGCUUACAGAAGGACGACGCAGGACGAACCGCAGAGGUCAAGGAGCCAGAGCCCUCCCGCAAGGCUGGGCCUCUGACGAACCUCAUCUACGGCACAAAGGAGGGUCGUGAGCUUGACGCUCAGCUCGAGGCGAGCUUCAGUCAAGUUCUGGCCCGUGGCAAGUAUGUCCACUCGAUCGUCUUUCACGAGGUCAAGCCCGAAAAGGUGGACGAGUAUGUCGACCUCGUGGGACACUGGUACCCCAAGAUGGCCAACGCUCCAGAGAACAAGGUGCAUCUCGUUGGUAGCUGGAGGACAGAAGUCGGCGACUGCGACACGUUUGUUCACAUCUGGGAAUAUCAAAAGUACGAGGGCUACCACCAGUCCCGACACUCCAUCACACACCACCCCGAAUUCGCCGAGUUCGAUCGCAAGCUCAAAGGCAUGAUCAACUCCAAGAACAUCUCGCUGAUGCAGGAGUUUUCCUUCUGGCCGACCACCCCUCCACGACAGCUCGGUGGCGUCUUUGAGCUGCGGUCUUACACACUGCAUCCCGGCAACCUGCUCGAGUGGGAGACGCACUGGCGACGAGGCCUCAAGGCCCGACGCGAGGUCAUGGAGGGCGUGGGUGCUUGGUUCGUCCAGGUUGGCGAUCUCAACACUGUCCACCACCUGUGGCAGUUUGCCAAUCUCGAGGAGCGCCGUGCCCGCCGUGAGCAGAGCUGGCAGGUUGAGGGCUGGAGCGACACUGUCCACAAGACGGUUCCUCUGAUCCAGAGCAUGAAGUCGCGGGUUCUCAUUCCCAUGCCUUGGUCUCCCGUGGCCUAGACGCCCUGUUUGCGGCUGCUGGCAGGCUCCUGAUGGAGUGUCUCAGCCAAUGGAGCUUCGUCAUGUCGAAUCGGACCCGGGCGACUCGACAAUGUCUUUUUGCACGAGAUUAGAGGUCAUAUCGUUCAUGUUCUAUGCAUAAUUCCUUUGUACUGUGUCAUUAUUGUGUGUUUCUACGGACUUAGCGGAGGAGCGACGGAACCGGACCAUGAAUUGCAUCCAUGUACAGGUGUCAUCUACAGUUCUACAGAUUCAGUCAGAUCAAGUCAGAUCAGAUCAAAUGGAACUUGAAAUCCAG